AGUGGGCUGAGUCUGCGUGCUCAGUACCUCUCACUCUCUCGCCCUGAGUCCUGCUUUGCCCAGGCUCUGCCUCCGUUACAAGCUUUCUCAGAGAAACCUUCUGUUUUUUCAAAAGUUCUUCUUCCACUUGCACGUCUCCUCUCCUCCAGCAGCCAUGGAAGCCAUCAAGAAAAAGAUGCAGAUGCUAAAGCUCGAUAAGGAGAAUGCCAUCGACAGAGCGGAGCAGGCAGAGGCAGAUAAGAAAGCGGCAGAAGAAAAGUUCAAGCAGGUUGAAGAAGAACUGAUGGGCCAGCAGAAGAAAAUGAAAGGUACAGAGGAUGAACUGGACAAAUUAUCAGAGGGACUCAAAAAUGCUCAGGAGAAGCUGCAACAGUCUGAGAAGACAGCUUCAGACGCUGAAGGAGAGGUCGCUGCGCUCAAUAGAAGGAUCCAGCUAGUUGAGGAGGAGCUGGACCGGGCACAAGAGCGUCUGGCCACUGCCCUGCAGAAGCUGGAGGAGGCAGAGAAAGCAGCAGAUGAGAGUGAGAGAGGUAUGAAGGUAAUUGAGAACCGUGCGCAGAAGGAUGAGGAAAGGAUGGAGCUUCAGGAGCUGCAGCUGAAGGAGGCGAAACACAUUGCAGAAGAGGCUGAUCGCAAGUAUGAGGAGGUUGCCCGGAAGCUUGUCAUCCUGGAAGGAGAGCUGGAGCGUGCUGAGGAACGAGCUGAAGUCUCGGAGAUGAAGUGUGGUGACCUAGAAGAAGAACUGAAAAAUGUCACCAACAAUCUCAAGUCACUGGAGGCUCAAUCGGAUAAGUACUCUGAGAAGGAGGACAAGUAUGAGGAUGAGAUCAAGAUUCUGACUGACAAACUCAAGGAGGCGGAAACUCGUGCGGAGUUUGCUGAAAGGACUGUCGCCAAACUGGAAAAGUCCAUCGAUGACCUGGAAGAACAAGUUACGCGUGCAAAAGAAGAGAACAUGGGUAUGCACCAGGUCCUUGAUCAAACUCUACAAGAGCUCCACAACUUAUAAAAUAGUGCCUUAAGGAACAGAACUCCCAGCAACCAUUGCCAGCUGACUGCUCGCGAUUGAACAUUCCAUCUCAGCCUCUCCCUCGUUGAGCAAGUGCCAAUUCAUUCAGCCCAAUUAUUGAAUACUGAAUGCCGACCAAAGUUUUUAUUUUGUAUUUGUAGUAUUUUUAUUGUGAUAGUGAGCUCUUUCCUUUUCCUCCCUCACGCGUGCACACAGUCUCUCUCCUAUUGUUAGAAUAAGCACACCUCCCUAUAUAUAAACUCUGCCCUGGUGUGAGAGACAGGACCAGCUUCAUCAUGGUUCGGGUGACAACCUGUCCCCUUAUUUUUUGUUUUUUAAAUUCUCGAGGUGGAGCCUGCACCUUGUGAAAUGUGAUCUUAAUUACUGGGCUUAAUUACUGCUCUCCAUAUAUGUUUAUUAUGCUAUUAACCUUUGUAAUCGCUUGCUUUGUUCUUCAUUCAGUGGGUGAUGUCAUUUAGUAGACCCUGGAUGGCGAUGGGUUUCCCAGCUGAUCCCUUCAUCAGAUCUCAAAUCUUUUCAGUUCCUUUGUAACAAGAACACUGGGUGGUGUUCUGUGGGUCGAGGCACAAAGGUGUCUUCCAUGUUCACUCCUCAGCUUUUAGGUAGCAGGCUUCCUUCCUAUCUGGGAAAAUCCAAGUUCCUUUGAGACAUCAGUAAGCAGAUUGAAGCAAUGCCUUGACUUUUACAGCUUUUGCUUUCUUUUACUCUUUCGUUCUUGGCCCCACCAUGUGUGACCAUCACUUGAGUGCGCAGAACUGUUCCCAGGCGAUUUUGAAUUUGAAAUGCACCAUUAUUAUGUUUGUGGUUUGGGUGAUGCCCCUUUUGACCAUUUAUAUUCUGUAUGUUAACUGUUGCACACUGGGCUCUUGUGUUCAUUGAGUGAUAGAGUAUGCACAUUACAAAAGGAGAAACUGGCAGUUGAUUUGAAUUGGGCCCUUCUGUAUCAAGUAACUCAUUCUAAGUCCCUUAACAAUCCCUUUAGACCAGAAACACAGACGCUUUCUCUUAAACUUCUGAUUGUCAGCUAAAAAAGCUCAUGCUGUUAUCGUGGCCUGGGCUGGGUUACAAUCCAUUCAUUCUUCCCCAGUUUCCAAAUAUAUUUUUAAACUCCUAAGCUGUAUGUGUACACAACCCCCCACAUGUGUGGGCUGCUGGAUUCAUGGGGUGGAGAACUGUGCUGUGUACCCAAGAAACACAUUAACCUGCUGCACAUUUUCAUGUGUUAUGUCCACAGGCAAGUAUCUUUUACAAAAGGAAAGUCUUACUUCAGUUGGAGUGAGUUCCAGUGAAACCCUGCACGGGAACCCCAAACUCUUGCUUACUGAGUCUCGAAUUGAGCCUGUUCACCCAGGAAUUGUACUGCACAAAUAUUUGUUCUAAAUGUUGGUGUCUUGGUGAAUUUUAAGUUCUAAAUGGUUGAAGCAGUGUGUGUUUGAGUUGCUGCUCCAUUGCCUGCAGCUAUGUUGAAUGUCCUAUUGGCAGAGCGCCGAUCACAGUUACCAUGGUGACCAUUGUAUUGCCUUGUUUAAUGUACCGUGGUUCCAUUCUGGUUCCACUCCAUUUAAUUGGACCAUCUUGUUUGAUAUUUUUUUGCUGCUCCAAUCAAUUGAGAUGUUUGUGAUCAACUGUAGCCAAAAAGUCAUACUUUCCCCUUUUGAAAGGUCCAGAAAUGCCCAACAACCCUCCUUCCCCAACCCCCCAGCACGGAAACCAUGAUCUCCACUAAUUUGUACUAUUUUAUACAAGCCGCAUGCUCUGGUGCUGGACCUUCAACACAAAAACAAGACACUAUAUUUGCAUCAAAAAUAGCACAGGAACUGGAUUAAAAGGGAAUGUAUGUUUUUGAUUUUUUUGCACAUCAAAACAGUUGCCUUGGGGAAUUAUGGCUUGAUCUGCAUUUGCACUGGUGAUGUUGACCAAAUAAAAUGACUCACUGCUGAAGAAA